AUCAAAUGUUUCUCAACUUUAGUGUCACCAAAAUUCCAUCGAAUAAAUUAAUAAAUAAAUUAUUUAACAUUUGGAUUACAAAAUUCGCUAGUUGAUCUGCCAGCCUUCAAAUCAUUUCCCUCCAUUUAGUAUUGGAGGGGAUAUAAGUCUGUUCGAGGUUUAACUUUUAGAUUCAACUGACACAUCCAUGUAUUUUCUUGACGCAUUUACUGUAAAUAUUCUGUAAUUAUAAAUUGUUGAUUUAUUUUUCUAUUGUAUUUAUGCAAUAAGUUAAUAAUGGCGGAAUCAAGAUUCAGUGGAGCUUUGCAAAUUACAAAUUUAGACGAUUUUAUAACUCCGUCACAAGAGUGCAUCAAACCUGUAGAAUAUAAGAAAAAGUAUGACACAGGCGCUAAAAUAAAAAUUCAGUCCAAAGAAUUUGUGGAAAUAAAUAAAAGAGAGCCAGAGCAGUUAGAAAAAGUUGAAAUAACUCUAGCAGAUUGUCUGGCUUGCAGCGGAUGUAUAACUUCCGCCGAGAGUGUUCUAGUAUCGCAACAAAACCAGGAACAGCUUUUACGUAUUUUUGAAGAGAAGAAAAGUCAACAGGUUGCUUCAGAUGAAAGUGGAAAUAUAAAACUUAUCGUAGUGAGUUUUUCGGUCCAACCGAUCCUGUCUCUUGCUGAAAGAUAUGAUCUGGACCCUGAGGACACUGCUCUGAGACUGGCCGGGUACUUUAGAGAACUUGGAGCGGACGUUAUUCUCGAUAUGACUGCGGCCGAUGAUCUAGCUUUGUUGGAAAGCGCUAAGGAAUUUAUAAAGCGGUAUAAUUACCAGCAAGAAGGCCUGAAGAAACAAAUACCGAUGCUUGCAUCCUCGUGUCCAGGGUGGAUUUGUUACGCAGAAAAGACUCACGGAAGUUUUAUUUUGCCUUACAUCAGUAAUACCAAGUCUCCACAGCAAAUAAUGGGGUCGCUGGUUAAGUAUCAUUUGUCAAAACUGAAACAGGUGCUUCCAGAGAAUAUUUAUCAUGUGACAUUGAUGCCGUGUUAUGAUAAAAAAUUGGAAGCUUUCAGGGAUGAUUUUGUUGAUAAAUCUAAUAACACUAAAGAUGUAGAUUGCGUUAUAACUUCCAUUGAAUUAGAACAAAUGUUGGAGCAACAAAAUAAAAAAUUAAACGAUUUUGAACCAAGUGUGAUAGACUCACCUUUUGUUACCUUAGAGUUUUCGAAUAAGCCUAAACACAUUUGGAGUCAUUCCGGUUCUGGAUCUGGCGGAUACGCUGAUUUUAUUUUUAAGUACGCUGCUAAAAAUUUGUUCCAAAUGACAGAUGUAAAGUUGGAGUUCAAAGAUUUAAGAAAUCCAGAUUUCAAGGAAGCUGUUUUAGAACAAGACGGCAAAGUACUUUUGCGAUUCGCCAUCGCUAAUGGGUUCCGAAAUAUUCAGAAUCUUGUACAAAAGUUGAAGAGAGACAAGUGUGUGUAUCAUUACGUUGAAAUAAUGGCUUGUCCUGCAGGCUGCUUGAACGGUGGAGCACAAAUUAGGCCUCGAAAUGGCCUACAGUCUCGACAAUUGGUCUCAGUUUUGGAGUCUCACUACCGAAAACUUGCUGAAAUGGAUCCAGAGAAUAAUCCAGUAGUUAAAAAAUUGUACAAUUCGUGGCUGGAUGGUGAAGAUUCGGAUAAAAAUCUUGCAUUUGUUCAAACUCAGUAUCACGAAAUUGAAAAAACGAAUAUUGCUUUAACGAUUAAGUGGUAAAAUAAUUAUAUUUAUUUUUAUAGUUAUAAAAUAAAAAACAGGUUUAUAA